UUGGGGUGAUCAAACCUGUGCAGAAUGGUUUUUCGUUUUCCACAGUUAGCUAACCAGACACGAACCCACUUGCUAUCCGGGCUCUUUCAAAGGUUGCCUCUCUCCAGAAGUUCACAAAACCACUCGAGCAAAAACCAAAAACACUCUCACAAAAACAAUCACCCAACAACCUAACUAAACUAUCAAAAUGAGGAAGACUGUUUCAUUCGGCACUGAAUCUGAGGUUCCCCUCCCCCGCGUCUCUGUUGACAACGAAACUCUCUGGUACAGCAAGACCGAGUUGAUUCAGCAAAAGCAAGAAGGAAAACGCCUUGCGAAAGAACACAAGGGAGAAGAGGAAUCAGAUGACGGCAUGGACGACAGCUUUCGAGGACUUGAGCAAUUCCAAGACGACGAUUCUGAACAAGGCAGGAGACACCGCCAUCACUUUGUCCAGUCCUUGCUUGCCUUGCAAAGUGAAAUGAAGGAAAUGAACGUCAACGACCCACAGGGCAUCCAAGCCUUUGCCAGGGCCCACAGCUCCCAGGACUGUAAGGAAGCCCGCCGAAGGGGCAAGAGCGAUGCUGCCAUCGUUGGGAACAAGGGCAGCAGCUCCAAGAAACUGGGUUUGAGGAGCAUCUCCCCCCAACGAGUUGGAGCCACCUGCGCCUAGACACGAAACGAAGUGCGAUGUAUUGGCACCUCCGCCUCCAUUUCCAGCCGUCAUUUUCAGAAUUCAUUAGGGAGAAUCGAAUCCAUUCAGCUUAUACUCCAUGCUACUCAUGUAAAACUAACCAAUAGAACUUAUUAGAGAACAGCACAUUAUUUCCUC